AACGCACAUUGCACAUAGACUCUACGCGCACAGAGUCCCACAGAAUACCAACUUCUACGCACAAAAACAUCUCUCUACAGUCUACAUACGUCUCUCUCUCUCUCUCUCUAGCUGGUCUCUACAGGCACGCUGCUGUUAUUACUAGUAUCUUUGAAGGCCAGCAAAAUAACGGCAUAUUCCCCUCUUCCUCUCACACACUUUUUAGAGAGAGAAAUCCUCAAAUUGAAAAAAGGCAUUAUUUUGUAUAUCUGCAUUUGCCAUAUGUAAAAACAACCCAUGUACAUUCCACUCUUUCUUCUUCUUCAACCAAUUUCUUCCGUUACUCCAUAAAACACUAACUUCUCCCAAUUUUCGUCAAUCCUUUUUCCGGCUUCUUCAAGGAUGGUGGUGAAGAUAAUGAGGUGGAGGCCAUGGCCGCCUCUUGUUUCGAAGAAAUACGAGAUGAGGCUCAACGUGAAGAGGCUCGAGUGCGGGGAUUGGGUGCAUGAGGGCGCAGAUAAGGAUAAUGGUGGACUCGCCGUUGAGAUCAGGUGGAAGGGCCACAAGAUUUCGCUGGGUUCUUUCCGGAGGAGCGUGCGGAGGAACUGUACUAGGGAACAGAUGCUCAAGAGGGUCGAUGGGCCCAACGGCGCCGUUUUGGUCGAGUGGGAUGAAGACUUCCACACCGUUUGCACCCUUUCUCGCCACAAGGAGAAUGUGUUUCAUCCUUGGGAGAUCAGCUUCAAUGUUUUGCACGGCCUGAGUCAAGGGACGAAGAACAAGAUAUCAAUUGUCGGUUCAGCGUCCUUGAACCUUGCUGAAUAUGCUUCCAAGACUGAGGAGCAUGUUGAAGUCAAGAUUCCUUUAGCUGUUUCUGGCAUUGUGGUUGAGUGUCGUCCUAUGCUCUGUUUAUCUUUCAGCUUGCUGGAGCUUAUAGAUGUGCAGGAAGCAGCGGCUGUGGUGCAAAGUCCAGUAAUCUCUCUUCCGUCUCCUUCAGCACCUGGAGAAACUUGUGCUACAGAGAAAGAUGAGGUUUCUGCUCUUAAAGCUGGUCUGAGGAAGGUAAAAAUAUUCACAGAGUAUGUUUCAACUCAUAGGGCUAAGAAGGCCUGCCGAGAGGAGGAGGGUAGUGAGGAAAGGAGCUCUGCCAAGAGUGAGGAGGGUGAAUAUUCUUAUUCUUUCGACUCAGAUUCACUUGAUGAAUACGAGGAAGGAGAAUCUAAUGAAACAAAGGAGGAUUCUGCUGUGAGGAAAUCAUUUAGUUAUGGUACAUUGGCUUUUGCCAAUUAUGCAGGUGUUUCGUGUUAUUCAAGUGCUAGAAUCAAUAAUGAGGAUGAGGAUUGGAUUUACUACAGCAACCGACGUAAAUCAGACGUUGGCUGCUCUCUUGUAGAGGAUAUCGCAUCAAAUAUCCCUGAGCAGACACCAUUUCAGAACUCUAAACGUAGUAUUCUGCCGUGGAGAAAGAGGAAGCUGAGUUUCAGAUCUCCUAAAGCUAAAGGAGAACCGUUACUUAAGAAGUCUUAUGGAGAAGAAGGAGGAGACGAUAUAGACUUUGAUCGCAGGCAGCUCAGUUCUGAUGAAUGCGCCUCCUUGGGGUGGCAUAGAACUGAUGAAGAGUCGAAUACAAAUCGGACAUCAGUUUCUGAGUUUGGUGAUGAUAGUUUUGCUGUUGGCACGUGGGAGCAGAAAGAAAUAACAAGCCGGGAUGGUCAUCUGAAGAUCGAAACUGAGGUGUUCUUUGCUUCUAUAGAUCAGCGAAGUGAAAGGGCUGCAGGAGAAAGCGCUUGCACAGCACUAGUUGCUGUUAUUGCUGAUUGGUUGCACAAUAAUCACAACCUCAUGCCUAUCCAGUCGCAGUUCGACUCUUUAAUCAGAGACGGCUCUUUGGAAUGGAGAAACCUCUGUGAGAAGGAAACUUACAGGGAACGGUUCCCUGAUAAGCACUUUGAUCUAGAGACGGUCAUCCAAGCUCAAAUCCGUCGUCUUUGUGUAGUUCCCGAGAAGUCCUUCAUCGGGUUCUUCCAUCCUGAGGAGGGGAAUUUCGAUUUUCUGCAUGGUGCUAUGUCGUUUGACAAUAUUUGGGAUGAGAUCACCACCUGUUCAGAGAGCAAUGGCGACGCCCCUAUUUUCAUUGUCAGUUGGAACGAUCAUUUCUUCAUCCUCAAGGUUGACAGCGAUGCUUACUACAUCAUCGACACAUUAGGGGAGCGACUGCAUGAGGGAUGCAAUCAGGCUUACAUACUGAAAUUUGGCACGAACACUACCAUCUAUAAACUGCCAAGUACAAGCACUGGUACUAGUCAAUCAUCACAAGAAAAACCUGCUGAGCAAUGUGCGUCUCCUGCAGUGCAGAAUGUGAACGCCCAACCAAUCAACUCCGAAGAAGAUACCCCGGUGACAGUAGACAUGGAAGCAGCAGUAGUGAGGGAUGAGCACGGACAGGAAGAAGGGGUCGUUUGUCAUGGCAAAGAGUCGUGCAAAGAAUACAUAAAGAGUUUCUUGGCAGCCAUCCCAAUCAGGGAACUGCAGGCAGAUAUGAAGAAAGGCUUGUCCAUGUCGACACCUCUCCAUCACCGACUGCAGAUAGAGUUUCACUUCACUCAGGCGGAGGAGCAGUCCGCAUCCUCAUCUCCUGCAAUGGAAGUCGUAACCUGCGCUACACAACAAGUUUGGUAGAAAACUGGUAAACUGUGAUUAUGGCUAACUUUAUGUUUCCUUUUAGAAGUUUAGUUUUGGGGUGAAUUGGCAGCAAAAGAGCAUCCAUUUCAUCAUCUUUGUUGAAGAGAGGGUGUGUGUCCUUUUCUUUUGUCUAGGAUGUAAAAGUGUAACCAACUUUGCUAGGCAGCUUUUUUGUCUAUACUUGAUGUUUCUCAUUUCAAUUUUAUUAGGGAUAGUUCCUGUAAAACCAAGUGUUUCUGCACCUUAAACUGGCUAAAGCUAAUCUUAGCCUUUUUUUUUUUU